AUGCAGAAAUAUGAGAAGAGGAUCUUGCAAUGCGUUCUAGCGGAGAAGAUAACGAUAAUGGAUUUUAAACAUUGGGCGUUCUUUCAUAUGCUAAAGUCGGAAUUCAUCCGACAAAUUCACAUGGUUAUGGUUUACAUCUGGAAAUUCGGUAAAGACAGAUUUAUUGAGAAAUGGCCUAUCAAGUCCGCAUUUACUCAAGUCUCCGGCUUUAGCAAGAAACGUAUCGUGAACAUUGCAUGCCGCUUUCAUCAUUUUCUCGUUUUGACCAGUGAUGGAAAGGUGUAUGCUUGGGGAGACAAUAUUUAUAUGGAGAAUGGUAGUGAAAACACAGUUAUUUUUAAUGGUAAGUCCGGGGAAGAGUCUUGGGGUUGGGGUUUGGAGGAUACGUCGGUAAUUCUAAGUGUCGAAACCCAAUUACACCUGCGAAUAGAAGACUUGCAAGCCAAGAUAAAAGAUCUAGAAGAGCAAAACGCCAAGAUUACCGAGGAGAGUAAAGCGGUUCAGAUAAAGAGCGAUAAAUUGGUGAAAAAAUUGAAGGAGUGUAAAGUGCAGAUGGAGAGCUUGCAACAACAAUUGAAGACGCAGAAGCAGGCUGGCAGCUUCUUCGACCUGGACACGGCGAUCGAGGAGGAGCUGAAGACGCAGAUCGUCAAUUUGGAGAAAGCUCUGAAGGAAAUUAAAGAGGAGAAGAAAAAUAUUAUUGCCGAAAAAGAGGCUUUACUGAAGCGACUCGACAUGUUGGUGUCUGCCAAUGAAAGGUACAUGGAAAUGAAGGAGAAACAGGACAUGGAAGUCGAAGUAUUGCGUAUUCAGAACAAGGAACUAGGCAAUAAAGUGCAAUCCUUGGAGUGGCGAUUACAGGAAAAUGCAACCGACGUGCAAGACACUUCUUUUUCGCAACAAGAAGAUCAGAUCGACCCAAAUCACCCCCAGAAAAGAUCAGUGGAAUCUACUGACGACUUUGAAGCGACGUCGAAGAAGUACAAAGAAGAAAUAGACGAUUUGAAGGACGAAUUGGAGGCGCUUGCGGCGGAAAAUGAACAAUUGCAACGCUUCUUGGAAGUACAGAAGGCGACGAUGGCUAAUUUGGAGGCGAAGGCUACUGACAACUCUGGAGAACUCGUGGAAAAGUUAGAUACGUUGAAUAACCAAAAUGCGGCCCUAGAAAGCGCUUUAAACAAAGGCAAGGAAGAAUACGACGUGCUCAGGAAGCAGUUCGAGCAGAGUCUAAUAGACGCGAAUGAUCAAGUGGCAGCGAUGCGACAAAAUAAUGAUUUCCUCAAAGCUGAAUUUCUGGAGAAAAUCGAUAGAUUAGAAACGGAGAUAAAUAAUUUACAGAAAGCUCUAGAAGAGAAGGAGGUCUUGGAAGAGAAGCUCAACGCUCUGAUGAAUCUCGAGGAAAAAUCCUCGACCAUUAAUACAUCUUUAAUGGAAGUCAAGGAAUUGCUCAACGCCAGAGUUCAAGAGGUCGCUGAUCUGAAGCAAGAGCUUCAAGUUCAGUACGUGGAAAGGGAAAGAGUCGAAGCGACGCUACAAUCGGACCUACAAACCUUGACGAAAGAAUUAGACGAGAGGAAACAAGAAUUGACAGUCUUGAAGGAAGCAUUCACCAACAAGGAACACGAGCUGAUCCAGCAGAAGAGCGUGGAAACGGUGAAUGCCAUCAUCAGCGAAGCUACCCAGGAAUUAAUCCAGAAGCAUGCGAUAGAGGUCGAAGAAAAAGACCAAGAAUUGCGCGAUCUAAGGGAAAAGUUAACGACAAUGCAAGCUGCGAUUGACGAAUACACCCUGAAGUUGCAAGAUAGCGCGGCCAAGUUGGAAAUGCAACAACAACAAAUCGUGUAUCUGAAGGAAGAUCUAACAGAGCGAAAUUCAAUAAUCGGAGCCACUCAGGCUGAUGCAAAUUUGCUGAACGAAAAAUUGCGAGAGAAGCAACAAGAGCUGAUCCAAUACGAAGAGGAGAAGACGUAUCUCGAGGCAAAAAUAAAAGGAUACUUAGAGGAGCUCGAAUAUCUGAAGAACCAGUUGGACGCCAGGGAAGCAACCGUGGUUAAUUUACAAGAGUGCAACUCGCACAUUCAUACCUUGCAGCAAGAAAUCCAGGCUCUAAAAUCCGAGAAAGAGUCGAUCCUGUUGCAGUAUGAUCAAGAAACGAAGGCGUAUCAAGCUCGUCUGGAGAAAGAUAACCAGCAGGUUGACGCUUUGAAGCAAGACCUGCGAGAGAAGACUGAACAAUUGCACUAUCUAAGCACCCAAUUAUGCGCCAAGGAGAAUGAUUUGGAAGGCAUCAAGGCCAUGAUGAGUGACAAAGAUUCUUUGUUGGAGAUCAUGAGUCAGGAAUUAAACGAAAAACGAGGCGAUUUAGAAAGAUUGUGCAAUGAACAGCUGCAGAAUUCUCAGAUGGUUGAUAGUCUUGCCUUCAAGACGGGAAAUGACGACGAUGCCGAGCUGCAAGGCACCAUAGACGAGCUAAAGGCGCAGAUGGAAGCUAAACAGCAAGAGUUGGAGCAUCUCAAGUAUGUCUUGAGCGAGAAUACGUAUCCCACAAUCAUUCAGCAAAUGCAAGAUAGGAUUAAUUGUCUGUACAAUGAGAAAGCUACCCUGGAAACCUCCUUGCAAGUAGCUUCGCAGACCCUGACGGAGAAGCAGGAGCAAGUAAAUGCUUUGCAACGCAUUCAUGAUCAGAACCAGGAGCAUAUUUCCAAGGAGGAGUCCAAUUCGCUCUCCAGGGACCGAAGAUCCGCGCAAGAUCAAGAGGAAAUCGUCAGAUUGCAGAACGAGCUUCAUGCGAGGGAGCAGGAAAUUAACGAAUUAAAGUACGUCAUAGCUGAAAAGGACUCGCAAUUGUGUCUGCAAGCCAGUAUGGAGCCCCCCAAUCGGACGAACUUGGAGAGGCUCUCCGAGGAGAGUAAAAAUGCCAUCGAGAAGCUAACUUCGGAAAAAGAGCAGAUCCGUCUCGAGGCUGAAGAGUUCCUCACCAACGAGUUGCGAAAGAAGGAAUCCGAGAUCGAUGAGAUCAAGAGGAGACUAUCAGAGGAAAAUCAAAAGUUGCUGGCGGAACUUGAACUGAAAGAUAAGGAUAUCGCGAAUCUGAAGAUGCAGUUGGAGGAACUGAGAGGAGACUGGCCGAGCAUCACCAAAGAUGCCGAACUUCACGACUUGAAGAUGCAGAUUCAUGAGAAAGAGGCGCGUAUAGAGGAGCUCUUGGCCUUGUCCACGGAAGAGGAGAGACAACUGGACGAGCUGAGGUAUAUAUUGGCGACUAGGGAAACAGAGAUGAAUCAGCUGAAGGAAUUGUUGGAGCAGAAGGUAUCCGAGUACGAACUGAUGCAACACGCCUUGAAGAAAGAUGCGUCCGUCGUCGAGAUUGCGUCCAAGGAUUCGGAAAGCGUUCAGACAGUCGACAACAUGGAGACCACUUCCAGCGAGUUGGAUCUUGCGCUAUACAUGCUUCAUCAGAGAGAUGUCAGAUGCGAGGAGUUGACUCACGAACUAAUGCAAUUGCUCGAAGAGCGAGAUACGCUACAACUGCGACUGUCUAAUGCGAUUCGAGUGAAUGAAGAAUUGAGAAGGAUGGGUAACGUUGAAGGGAGCCCAACAAAAGACUUAUCAUCGGCCUCGCAAACGGUGAUUGAACCCAUCGUGGAACAACCUUCGCCUUCGAAGUCCGAGGGACCAGUUGAGAUCGCAAAAGAAGCCAUUGAUAUCCCGAUCGAGGACAAAGAAGCUCUUGCAUUGAAAUUGUCGCAGUUGCAUUCAGUCAGUCACACGAAGGACGUGCGAUUAAAGGACGAACGGAAGCUGAAACAUACGCAACAAAUGUCUUUGUUAGCGCACAGAGAUGUUUUAAGUACAUUGCCACCUGAAGCAGCCGCGAGGCUGGUCAACGCUAAUUACACCCUCUCUCGAGAUGUUCAGAGCCAGUCGAGUGUGCUUUUGAAUUGGUUGUGGGGCAAGAGCACGCCGAAGGUGGUGCACAUGUGAUGAAUGACUAGCGGGAAUCAAACGGCCAUCGUUUCUGCCUUCUGAAGACAUUCCUGCCAAGUGCCAACUGCCAAGACUUAUUUCUGCAGUUAACUAAUAAUGGAACGAUCUGUCGUGUGUAUUUUCCAGACAGAAAUCGUUUAAUUGUAUGCUAAUGAUUAUAAGCAAUUAUUUUGCAAAAGUAUUGCCUGAUAAAAUAUUGUUAGGGAAGACAUAUUUUUCAAAUUACAGAGAGAAUGUACAGAAUGUAGAGGUAGAUAGUGUUUUUCUUGGAAAAGUUGCUCCUCUUCGAGAAAGAAAAGAUUAUAAGGAGUAGACUUACAUGUAUUAUAAUGUUGUACAGUCGAAACAUGAGAUAUAUAAACAUGAUGGAAUCGAAAAUAAUUUAAAUAAUAUAUUUCUGCUCUUUUUUUAUUCGAUGACUAAAAUUAUUUAGCAAUGUAUAUGCAAUGCGAUAUAUGUCAAAAUUAUGUUGGAAUUUUUUUGUGUGUUUUGAAUGCGUGUCGAAAUCUUUAUUGAAAAGUUGCCGUUUUAUUUUGUCAAAUUUUCUCAUUAAUUUAAUAAUUAUGUAUUUUCUUUGUGUGAAUUAUCUACGAUUUUGUCUUCCGGCUUAUUGAUGCAUUUGUAAUACUAUUAUUGGUCAUACAUCGAAGGGAAGCUACACAAGACGAAUCAUAGAUAAUGCAGAUGUAAUUCGUGAUAAUUGUAAAUUAUUCAAUCAUUCUAUUUCCAUAAAAUUUUGUACAGAGAAAGAUAAAUAUCAA